UUUAAAAGAAAAUAAAAAAGAAAAUAAAGAAGAAAAUAAACAAGUAUUUAUUGAAUGGAUGGAGAUAUUUGGGGAUGAAAAUUUGUUUAAGGAAGGAGGAGAAGAGAAUAAAAAUAAAAUUAUUUUAAAAGAAGAAGAGGAAGAAGAGAAUGAUUUUGAGUUUGUUGAAAUUAAACAAGAAGAGGUUAUUAAUGAAGAAAUUUCGAAUAAUAAUUGGAUUAAAAGAUUUUUCAAAAUUAUUUUCAUUUUGGUUAUUAUUUUUUGUUUUUUACUGCCAAAUGUUCUUUCUUUUUGCGGAUUUGAUAUUAUUGAUAAUGAAAAUGGACAAAUUUUCCCUGCAUUUUAUUUUCCAUUAAUUGAUGUUGAAUUUAGUGAAUUUUAA